AUGGAAACAGAAGGGCAAGAUCUACAUGCAGGAGAUGUUAUUAUUACAAAAAAAGAGAACCCAAGUACUGGGUUUGGUACAUCCAUGGAAGAGGAAGUAGAAGAAGCCCAACUUGAAGUAGUUGACGGGAGAGAGAUCUGGCUUGAGAACGACCAUGACCAAGAUCGCCAAGAUCUGCUCGAUGUGAACGAGGCGUCAAUAUUCUACAGUGAGUUCCCUCCUCUUCCUGAUUUUCCAUGCAUGUCAUCAUCUUCUUCGUCAUCAUCAACCCCAGUCCCCGUCAAAGCCGUGACGUGCUCGUCCUCGUCGUCUUCCGCUUCUUCGUCUUCCUCCGCUGCUUCUUGGGCCGUUCUGAAAUCUGAGGCGGAGGAAGACGAAGAGAAGAAGCACCACUAUCAUCACCACCAUCACAACAAUAACCGCCAUGAACCGGUCGGUGCAACGACACCGGCUGCUUUGUCGUCCACGGCGUCGAUGGAGUUCUCGGAGCAGCAAGAACCGAACAUCGAUUGCAUGGACAUGAUGGAGACUUUUGGGUACAUGGAUCUGCUCGAAACCGACGAGUUCUUAGACCCAUCUUCCAUUUUUCAAAACGAUCGGAGCGCUAUAGAGGAUUUCCAACAAGAGAUGAUUAUGAACAGCCAUGAUGAUCAGAAGGAACAUGCAGAGAUGGGAAAUAAUAAUGUUAAUGUUAGUACUACUACUUCACAGGAAGAGAUCAUGAGCGAGCACGAGUUGAUGAUGGCGCAGGGGAAAAACGAUAACAACUACGAGGAGGAUCGGAAGGAGCCGGCAGUUUCAGACGACAUGGCGACGGUGUUCUUGGAAUGGCUGAGGUCGAACAGAGAAACUGUUUCGGCGGAGGACUUGAGAAGCGUGAAGAUCAAGAAGGCGACGAUAGAGUGCGCGGCGAGGCGUUUGGGAGGAGGGGAAGAGGCCAUGAAACAGCUCUUGAAACUCGUGCUCGAAUGGGUCCAGAUGAAUCACCUCCAGAAAAGGCGAAUCAGAGAUCAGUCGCCAUCGAUAUCGCCGUUUCAAGACUUCCCUUUUCAAAACGCUCCUACUGCAAACCCUAACCCUAACCCGGACCCUAACAUCAAUCAUGAGCCUUCAAACCCUUGUUUCGGUCAGUCAACGCCGUGGAUGCCUCAGCCGCCUCCGGCCUACGAACCCGUCGUAGUCCCUCAGCAGCCGCCUCCGCCUGCGGCGGCGUACCCUUCUCCGAUGGUCGGGUUUAUGGGUGACCCGUUUGCUAACGGGUCGGCUUACCCAACAGUACCGCCGCCGACUGAUAAUUACAACAUGCUUGACUCUGCUCAAACAUGGCAUUCUCAGUUCGGUUUGGCGUCUCCUUACGCCCCAUUUCAUGAUAAUAACAACAAUCUCCAGCCCACACUAGCUUCCCAGCAUGCACAAGCCUUUGCUGGCUAUGGAAGUUCUCACUCUCAGUACCCUUAUAAUCAGUAUUAUCAGGAGGGUAAUAAUUCGGGUCACGGUGACAGGCUGGUGAGGUUGGGCUCUUCGGCGACGAAAGAGGCGAGGAAGAAGAGAAUGGCGAGGCAGAGGAGGCUCUUGACCCACCACAGACACCAUCACCAUACUCAUCACCAAAAUCAGGGUGUAGAUCAUCAUGCGAGGCUUGCGGUUGCAGAAAUUUGCACCACCCAAGCACAGCAAGCGAAUCUUGGGAACUGGGUUUACUGGCCCCCGGCCGUUCCUUGUCCUACGCCACCAUUGAUUCCGGGGAUCCCGGCAGAGGCGCCGCCGUUGCAUGCAGUUGAUCACCAAUCGGCGCCUGCAGCGCAGCAGAAUUAUCAGGGACGAAUCUCGUCGGAGAGGCGUCAGGGUUGGAAGCCUGAGAAGAACCUGAGGUUUCUUUUGCAGAAAGUGUUGAAGCAAAGCGACGUGGGGAGUCUGGGUAGAAUUGUGUUGCCAAAAAAAGAAGCAGAAAUCCAUCUUCCUGAACUGGAGGCAAGAGAUGGCAUUUCCAUUCCUAUGGAAGAUAUCGGAACUUCGCAUGUAUGGAACAUGCGCUAUAGGUACUGGCCAAACAACAAAAGUAGGAUGUAUCUCCUAGAAAACACAGGAGAUUUUGUGAGAGCGAAUGGACUCCAAGAAGGGGAUUUCAUAGUCAUUUACUCCGACAUCAAAUGUGGCAAAUAUAUGAUACGAGGAGUGAAAGUACGGCAACAAGGGUCUAAGUCAGAGAACAAAAGGCCUGGAAAGUCACAGAGAAACCAGCACAUAAGCAGUCCAGCUGGGGCUAAGAAUGGCUCGUCAUCUUCACCCACCACACACAAGAAACAAUAA